AUGGACUUUAAAUAUCAUCCCAGAUGUGCAAAAUUGAAUAUCACCAACAUAUGUUUUGCUGAUGAUCUUAUGUUGUUUGCCAGGGGAGAUGUUCUUUCAGUGCAAACCAUGAUGGCAGUGUUUCAUAGCUUCUCUGAGGAAACUAGUUUAAAGGCUAAUCCAGAUAAAUGUAAGGUGUUUUUUGGAGGGACUGGAUAUGAGGAACAGCAAGCUAUUAAAGAAUCCACUGGCUGUAUUGAGGGCAAACUGCCUAUACGGUACCUGGGUGUACCUCUCACUAGUAGGAAACUAUCAGUUAUACAAUGCCAACCACUUAUCGACAAGAUGAUUGCAAGGAUUCAGCACUGGUCUGUGAAGUUUUUGAGUUAUGCUGGUAGACAACAACUUGUUCAAAGUGUCCUGAUUUCGAUUACCAAUUACUGGAUGAGUGUAUUUCCCCUACCUAAGAAAGUAAUUCAGAAAAUUGAGGCUUUAUGUCGGAAUUUUCUUUGGUCUGCCAAAACGGAUGGGAGGAAAGCAUUGGUGUCUUGGGAAAAUACCUGUGAACCAAGGAAUGCAGGGGGCCUGAAUUUUAAAAAACUUAUAUUUUGGAAAAAGGCAACCAUUAUGAAAUUGUUGUGGAAUAUACACAAUAAAAAUGAUAAGCUCUGGAUAAGAUGGUUGGAUAUAUACUUUCUGAAGGGUAACUCAAUUCUCUCAUGGCAAGUUCAACAUACUAGCUCUUGGAUGUUGAAUUCUAUUUUGAAGUGUCGCACAUACACCCAGAAUAAUGUGGCAUGGGAGAAAGCUGAAGCCUCGAAAGUAUUCAAUACUGCUGCUAUUUACAACAGUCUUUGUGGAGAAAGCUGGGUACAAAGGAUAGAUUGGAGAAAUUUGGGAUCAUUCAUGAAAAAUAUUGCUGUUUCUGCUUGCAGUUUCAUAUGGCACCGAAUGCUUGAUUGGAAUGGAUACACACGAUAUGGUUCUGAUUGGGAUACAGAGAAAAGAUGGCUCAUAGAGGAGUUAGCUAAAAAAGGAUGGCGUCGAGAAAUUCUACGAAUCAAUCUUGCUGAAACGGUAUAUCACAUUUGGCAGGCAAGGAAUGAGAUAAUCUUCAAGAACAACAGUCCAAACCUUGAUGUUACUAGGAAGAUAACCGAGAGUGUCAUAGGUAGAAUCAUGCUAGCUAAAAAGUUGAAAAUUCAUAUCAAUGCUAGUAGAGAUAGUAUAAUUUAA